CGAAAGUAAUUCAUCUUUAUGUAUUGUGUCUGUUCAUACACUGUUUUACUUACGUUGCUGAUAGACUUGGGGUCCAGGAACAGAGGAACUGUAUGGGAUGACUGUGUUCUGAGCACUGGGAGCAGCCAGCGUUACCUCCUCUGUAACCCCUGAUCUUGCCACUGCCAUAUCUAUCUCUUCUUUAGAAAGACCUUCAUGCAAACAGAAAAUUUAGGAAAUUUUACAACAUCGACAAAAAGUACAUAUUUUACAUGGUUAUACAUUAAUGAAUGUUCUGUUCUGCCUAACUUCAUACUCACUUUUGAUGUGUAUUUGUGUCAGGGUUGAAGUUUGGCCAUUAGCCAUGUCAGAAGCUCGCCCCUUUAAAAUUUGGAACUCUGAACGUUCAAUAAAAAAAGGGACUGUUGCAGCAUCACUUGAGGAUUUGCUGAAAAAGGGGAAGUUGUUACUAGGAAUUUCCGAGUCAGAACAAGUUACAGCGGUGUUGGAAGAAGAUGGCACGGAAAUCUCGGAUGAAGAUUACUUUGCCUUCAUCCGACACAACACCACCAUUAUGUUACUGAAAAAUAAUCAAAAAUGGCUGCCAACAGGAGCAGAGGUUCAGUUUGCAGUAGAUGAAGUGGACAAUAUUGAUGGGAAUACCGAAUUAUCAGACAGGAUGAAACAAUUAAUAGCAGGACUUCAUAAAAACAUCACACGAAUCAUAACGCUGUCAAAUGAUGAUCUUCAGGUGAUUGUGGAUAUAGAUGUUUCGAUGCUGGCUCACCUUCUACAAGAUACAGAAAAUUUUGCCAAAUCAAUCCAGGAAGCCUGUCAGCGCCAUCUAGAUGAGCGUAUGCAAACUUCCGAGGCCAUGGAUUUGUUAAGACUUUAUCACACAGCUCGACAAUCAAGUCCUUAUGUAGAAGAUUCGGGUCCAAAACGCCAAAAACAUGCACAUACUUAAUUCACAAUUAAAUCUUGUAUAGUGCAGUUUUACUUUGUCAUUCACUGUUUUAUUCAUGUACAGAUUUUUUUUAUUCAAAUUUAUUUUUAUACAAACAAAAAAAAUCCCAGGGAGUGAUGUGUGUAUUUUUCUUAGUUUAGUAGGUUUAAUGAUUCAUGUUUUCUUACCCUCAUAACAUCAUACUUGUUCUCGAGCCUCAAUUUAAUGAUGAUAACAUUGCAAAUUUUAGGGGAAAAUUGAUAUAGUGCUACUUCAUGUUAUUCAAAAUACGCAAUUAUCUUGAUACAUAAUGUACUUUCACUUCCUAGUUCAUUUAAAGAAUUGUUAGAUCUGUUACAGAGUUGUGCCCCUUGUAUCACACUUGCUAUAGAAUAUGCUGUGCAUUAGAUUGUUUUGAAUGUCUAUUUUUUGUGCUUAUUUGGAAGAAUUGAUUUUCUAUUUAUAUGUGUAGAUUGAAACAUUUUAUACUGAUAUUUACAAUGUUUUGAAAUAAUUUUUUUAAAACUCUAUGCUUUAUACAGUAGUAUUUGGUUGUAGAAUAUUUUGCUCUCAAGAAUUUAAUUUGCAAUGGUAAUUUUUCAGACAAGACAAUAUUUGAUGUUAAAAGAAAACAAGUAUAAUGUACAUGAUAUACCGAUACAUCAUUCAUUGUAACAAUUUCCUAUAUUUAAUUUAUAUUUUUAUAAAUGCGAAAAGAUGUCAGAAUGAUUUUUCCCAUAUAAAGAUAUUUAAAAAAUAAAUUUCAUUUUUGAAAAUAUA